AUGCUGACCAUUGGCCUCUUGGGUCCCACCGUGGAUCGGCCAGGCCUGAGAAACUCUCUUGCCACCAAUUUCAGGCAAUCUUCGGUUCAGCAUCGACUGCAGGUGACAAAUUGGAAUGUACGAUCUCUCUUCUUCACUGUGAAUCAUGUGAUGCCCGCCUUUGGUUACCCAUCCUUCCCAAAACGGCAGGGGCUCUCAUCAGUAGGCAAUCUGCGUCCCUACCAACAUCACCCUUUCUGUCGUGUUCUGACUAAUGGCACUUGCUCCUUCUCACUGGCCCUGGCUCCGACGUCAUCCAAAAACCUAAAACCAGCUCUAAAAACCCAAGGGUUAGGGAUAGGGUUUCUCUCUUCCUCUUCAAAAACUCUAAAACUCCUCUCUCGGUUGCAUCCCUGCUCGACUGGAGGCACCGGUGGUGCUGUCAUUUCCGCUCAGCUGGUCUCAAUGCCUGCUACCAAGCCCUCUACCUUGCUCGAUUUCGAGACUUCCAUCUUCAAGAAGGAGAAAAUCUCUCUCGCCGGUCACGAUGAGUAUAUCGUUCGAGGUGGGAGGGAUCUGUUCGGUCUUCUGCCGGAUGCGUUCAAGGGGAUUAAACAGAUUGGUGUACUUGGUUGGGGUUCUCAGGGUCCUGCCCAAGCUCAGAAUCUGAGGGAUUCACUUGCGGUGGCAGGGUCUGACAUUGUUGUCAAGAUUGGGCUGAGGGAAGGUUCUCAUUCAUUCGCUGAAGCACGUGCUGCUGGAUUUACAGAAGAAAAUGGGACUUUGGGUGAUAUCUGGGAGACUGUUUCAAGCAGCGAUCUUUUAUUGCUGUUGAUUUCUGACUCUGCACAGGCGGAUAACUAUGAGAAAGUAUUUUCUCACAUGAAACCAAACAGCAUCCUUGGGCUUUCACAUGGCUUUCUUCUGGGACAUUUACAGUCUCUUGGGCUUGAUUUCCCAAAGAAUAUCAGUGUGAUUGCUGUAUGCCCCAAGGGAAUGGGUCCAUCUGUACGGAGACUUUAUGUCCAGGGCAAGGAGAUAAAUGGUGCAGGGAUCAAUUCUAGUUUUGCUGUUCAUCAGGAUAUUGAUGGCAGAGCUACAGACAUUGCCCUUGGCUGGUCAAUUGCCCUUGGUUCUCCAUUUACAUUUGCAACUACAUUGGAGCAAGAGUACAAGAGCGACAUUUUUGGGGAGCGUGGCAUUUUACUUGGAGCUGUGCAUGGAAUGGUGGAGUCCUUGUUUAGAAGAUAUACUGAAAACGGAAUGCAUGAAGAUCUGGCAUACAAGAACACUGUGGAAUGCAUAACAGGAAUCAUAUCAAAGACCAUCUCAACAAAGGGCAUGCUCUCUGUAUACAACUCAUUGUCUGAGGAUGGCAAAAAGGAAUUUGAGGCUGCAUACAGUGCAUCAUACUAUCCUUGCAUGGAUAUUCUGUAUGAGUGCUAUGAAGAUGUCGCAUGUGGAAGUGAGAUCCGAAGUGUUGUCUUGGCUGGGCGGCGCUUUUAUGAGAAAGAUGGGCUACCUGCUUUUCCGAUGGGCAAAAUUGACCAGACACGAAUGUGGAAAGUUGGUGAGCGGGUCCGGGCGAGUAGGCUGCAAGGCGACUUAGGUCCAUUGCAUCCCUUCACUGCCGGGGUCUAUGUGGCACUAAUGAUGGCCCAGAUUGAAGUGUUGAGGAAGAAGGGACACUCAUACUCGGAGAUCAUCAACGAAAGUGUUAUUGAGUCGGUGGAUUCUUUGAACCCGUUCAUGCAUGCUCGUGGCGUUUCUUUCAUGGUCGACAACUGUUCUACAACAGCACGGUUGGGAUCAAGAAAGUGGGCCCCCCGUUUCGACUACAUUCUCACCCAGCAGGCUUAUGUGGCUGUAGACAACGGCUUGCCCAUAAACCAAGACCUCCUCAGCAACUUCUUCUCUGAUCCUGUUCACAAUGCCAUUGAAGUGUGUGCACAGCUGAGGCCAACUGUCGACAUAUCAGUGCCGCCUGAUGCAGAUUUCGUGCGCCCGGAGCUGCGUCAGCCUAGCAAUUAGGUCGUGGGAGGAAUUAGCUAUCAGCUAAGUAUACCCUGCAGGAGGUGAUAUACUUAAUUGGGGAAUAUCCUUGUCAAAGUUGGGGUUUUCAAGUGUCUAACUUAUGUCCCUUUCCUUGGGCUUGGUGUUGCGGUGACAGUUUCCUAUUCUAUUAGUGCAGAAAGACUUACAUUGGUGCUGGACCGCUACAUGUCUCAUCUAUUGAUGGCAUCGAUUGAAGU